ACAGACCAGCAACACAGCAUCCACAACUUUUAAGCUUGUUCUUCCUUUCUUUCUUAUUUGGGCCCCUUUCCCCCUUUCUCUUCUCCGUUUAUUCGACUCUGUGUUUUGGAGUAUGCUUUCGUUGUAUACCUCCCUGACCCGCGGCCGUAUUACCGUCUCGAUUUCAUCGCUCUAUCGGCAACUUGCUUUUGAACUAUUACGCAGCCUUGUGAUGCUGUCUAGCCCCUUCGCCGCUUCCGCUUACGAUACCAGCGUACCUCAAAGUUAGCAUGCCCCCAGGCUCGAGACGCCCGUCUACCUCACACCAGAAGCCCUCCGGCAGCAUGGUACGGCAGCAUUCUAGCCGGAGCGCGGUUGACCAGGACCCAAUCAUCCCUACCCCUGAAACCCAAGAGCUCUACAACAGGUGGAGGGUGAUGGAGGAUCGGCUCACAGCAGAAUCCCUGAGCCAAAUUCCAAAUGACCAUGCAGCCUUCCUCUAUCCUCCCUCGCCGUCGCAAGCUACGACACAGUCUCAGGCCAGCACUGCGUACUCCACUGCGCAAAGCAUGGAUGAUAUGGACGCGAGGGACCCGUCGCGACCCGAUAAACCGAAGCGUGGCCGCCAAGGCCCGUUGACGGGUCCGAAGAAGCUGAAGACCAAUUUGAUGCGCAAACUGAAAGCCUGUAAAGAGUGCCGCGAGCGCAGGGUGGAGUGUACUCACCGGAAUCUCACUCUCUUCGAGCAAGAGUAUCAGAGGCGGAAGCAAGCUCGAGCAGCAGCGGACCAAGAGGUCAACACCGGACCCCACAAUCUCCAAGCUACACUACCAUCCCAAGAUGCUCCGUCUCAGCAGAGAUUAGGGCAUGAGGCCGACUUUGACGGCAUAGGAACCGGCCAGAUUCAGCUCUCAGACCCAUCCUUGAACCCUUCGCGUAGAAUCCUGGUUGGGAGCGAGGACGCACAUACGGAGACCGACCUUUUGCAGGAUAACCGAAUCAGGGUCCGACCUUACGUGGCAGCACUCCUGUCCUCGUUCGAAGGCACCGGCCUCCCUACAUCCACCAGCCUUCCCGCAUCUACCCAUACCGCCGCCUAUACCGCCACCCCGUACAUGACCCUUACCCCGCCUCAGCCCGUUGACAAAGACAAACUGAUAGGCAAACAACGCGCCCCAAGGAGCAGAGAAUGGGUCUGUCACGGGAGCUACGGCGAGUCUCGGACGUGUAUCCAGACAUUCACAGACUUGUCAAGUCUGAUACGCCACUUCAGAGAUAGCCAUGCCCAGUUCUCCGAUCAAUGGUUCAGCUGGAGCUGCGCUAUGUGCAAACUAGACGUAGCCGAGACCUUUCCAGAGGUCCCUCCAAGCGAACCCUGCCCCCAGUGUCGCGACCCGGAGCCAUAUACCUGGCUCAGAUGUUGCUGGGGGAAGGUGGCCAAUCCUUCAGCAGGACCUCAGCCGAGUUUCCCCAGCCGCGUUCCAAGCCGAGACGGCUCGUCCUCGAAUCCUUCUUCGUGGACCAACCUUUCAUUUUUAGGCCCUUCCGGAGGGGGCUACGGCUACUACUCUCCCACCAUGUCCUCCUCGGGAAGUCUCUGGGGGUACUUCUAUAGCGGGGGCGGCGGCGGCGGCGGUGGCGGCGGCGGUGGUGGUGGUCAGGCUUAUUAUGCCUCCUCACCCAAAGUCCCGCCGCCGACAAUGAUGGGCGCCAGGUCACUUGCGUCGUCGUCGUCCUGCGCGACGAGGCCGACACUACUUCCCCUCCUCGCCUAUUUCUGGCCCCCGUCGCCCCGGUCUUCCUCCUCCUCCGGGACCGGCCGACCGGACGGCAAACCGUCGUCGCUAGCGCGCCGAGUCUGUCCCGCCGCCGUCGUGCUCGCCGUCGUCGCCCUCGCCCCGCUGCUCGGCCGCUGGCCGUCGCCGCCGCCCGCCUCUCCGACCCUCCCUGGCGGCGUCGCCAUCGGCGUCGACGCCGCCGAGCGCGCCCUCUCCGGCAUCGCGCGCUCCGCCGCGCGCGGCGGCGGCGACGACCACCACCACCACCACCUCCUCCGCCGCCCCAGCAUCCUGGAGCUGUCGAUGGCCUGCAUCGCGGCCGGCCUGGUCGCGUCGUGGGUGUUUUGGCACGUCAGGGACCGGUGGUGCGGUCGGCGGCGGCCGUCACGGUGGUGGGGUCCUCCUCCUCCCGGUGAGGCGGGACAGCUCGAGCCGGACCCACCGCCGCCGGCGCGGGUGCAGGUGCAGGUGCAGGUGCAGGUGCAGGUGCGUUGAGUUUCGAGGGGACUCACUGCUCGACUAACGGACGGAGUGUUUUUUAUUUUUCUUUCUUGUUUCAUUUUUUUUU